AUGAGGGUAAAUGAUGACACUAUGACCUUUAGUGUUUUUAAAGCCAUGAAAUAUGUAGAUGAUGAUGUUGAUGAUUGUUCUGCUAUAUCUGUAAUUGAUAAUUUGGUUGCUGCCCAUUUACAAGAAAAUUUUGAAAUAAAUGACUCUGCAUGUGAUUCUGCCAUUUUUGAAUUUUAUGAAAAUAAUGCAUCUAAUCAUGAUCAUGCAUGUGCAUUGAAGUCUUAUCCUACUAAGUUCUUUGGUAAUAAACAUUUUGAGUCCCUAGGACUUCAUGAGAGAAUCACCAAACCUCUUAAACCUUCCAUUGUGGAACCACCUGAAGUGGAGUUGAAAGAACUCCCAACUCACCUUAAAUAUGCUUUUCUAGGAAGAGAUAAUACCCUCCCUGUAAUUGUAGCUGCUGCCCUAAAAAAUAAUGAGGAAAAUCAGCUCCUAAAUGUGCUUAAAAAUCACAAGAAAGCCAUUGGUUGGACCAUGGCUGAUAUUAGAGGCAUUAGCCCUUCUUUUUGUAUGCAUAGGAUAAGGCUAGUUGAUGAAAAUUCCAGUUCUAUUGAGCCUCAAAGAAGGCUCAAUCCAACCAUGAAAGAAGUGGUAAAAAAGGAAGUGAUUAAAUGGUUGGAUGCUGGUGUGGUAUAUCCCAUUUGUGAUAGUAGUUGGGUAAGUCCUUUGCACUGUGUCCCUAAAAAGGGAGGUAUCACAGUUGUGCUCAAUGAAAAAAAUGAGCUUAUUCCAACUAGAACCAUAACCGGUUGGAGGAUUUGUCAAGACUUUAGGAAAUUAAAUGCAGCCACUAAAAAAGACCAUUUCCCCUUACCCUUCAUAGAUCAAAUGCUUGACAAGCUUGCUGGCCAAGAAUAUUUUUGCUUCCUUGAUGGGUAUUCUGGUUAUAACCAGAUACCCUUAGCUCCAGAGGACCAGCAUAAAACAACAUUCACAUGUCCAUAUGGCACAUUUGCAUUUAGGAGAAUGUCUUUUGGGCUUUGUAAUGCCCCUGCCACCUUUCAAAGGUGCAUGACUGCCAUUUUUAAUGACAUGAUUGAUGAGUAUGUAGAAGUCUUCAUGGAUGACUUCACUGUAUUUAGAGAUUCAUUUGAAAAUUGCUUGCUGAAUCUUUGUUAG